AUGAAGUCUAAAGAAAAAAUCGUAGUGAUCAUGGGUGCCACUGGCUCUGGCAAAUCAGCACUCUCGGUUGAUCUGGCUUUACAUUUCAAAGCCGAGAUCAUCAACUCUGACAAAAUGCAGUUCUAUGAUGGCUUGAAGAUAACUACUAACCAAUCUACCAUGGAUGAACGACGUGGAGUGCCACAUCACCUUCUCGGUGAGCUAGACCCGGAGGAAGGAGAAGUCACAGCAGCAAAAUUCCGCAACAUGGCGGCUCAUGCCAUCGCUGGCAUUACUCACCGUAAGAAGCUCCCAAUCCUUGCCGGUGGAUCCAACUCCUACAUUCAUGCUCUCCUUGCAAAGUCGUAUCAUGACCAAGGAAACUACCCGUUCUCUAAAAACGGGACAAUCUGCUCCGAGUUGAAUUAUGAUUGUUGUUUCAUUUGGAUAGAUGUGGCUCAGCCUGUGUUGUUUGAGUAUCUUUCUUUACGUUUGGAAAAGAUGAUGAAGACAGGUAUGUUCGAAGAGAUCGCUGAGUUCCACCGCACCAAGAAGGCCCCUAAAGAGCCAGUGGCAGUGGGGAUAUGGAAGGCUAUAGGGGUGCAAGAGUUUGAUGACUACCUCAAAACGUACAAAUGGGACAAUGACAAGGAGAAUUGGGACCCUGUGAGACAAGAGGCUUUUAAGAAGGCGGUGAGAGCGAUCAAAGAGAACACAUUUCAGCUCACAAAAGAUCAGAUCAAGAAGAUCAGGAAGUUGAGAACUGCCGGGUGGGAAAUCAGGAAGGUGGAUGCUACAGCAACGUUUCGGGAGGCAAUUCGGGCAGCCAAAGAACGUGACCGUGGAGAUGAGAUGCAGAGAAUGAUAUGGAACAGGGAAGUGGUGGAACCGUGUGUGGGGAUUGUGAAGAGACAUUUGGAGCAGCAGAUCAAUAAGAAUAAGAGGAUGAGAUUGAUGUAG